UUUCUGGGUUUUGGUGAUGAAGAUGCGCUGAGCGGCGGUGACGCCUGGCGGCAGAGCGGCCAGCAGAGCGGCCGCCCUCUGACUGGAUCAGAAACGGGAUUAUAAAGUUAUUUCAAAGCAAACAGAGGAAUUGGUGGUGUGUUGGGCCGCUCCCGGGCCGCUGGGUUCGCGCAUGCUUUGGGAGGAGGGGAGUGUGUGUGUUGGAGGGGGAAUGGGUGAGGGAGAGAGAGAGCUCAGGAUCCGGGCCUAGGAAGUGCUGCCGCGGGGACUCGCCUCAUCUCAUCCGCUCUCAAAAAUCCUGAAAUUGGGCCGUUUAUCCGCCAGAAUGAGGCGGCGGCGCGGCGCGGCGGCGCUCCGCGACACCGGAAUGGGCCGGAUCAUGUCAGAAUGAGUGGGCCUUCCACAGGCCCUGACAGGAAGUCCAGCUGCCCUUUGACCCCGUGCUGCAUCAGCCCAGCCAUGUCAGCCGCCGCCUCCUCCCUCAAACACACGUCUGUCUACGGCUACGUCCAGUCAGACCACUCUUCCUCCUCCUCCUCCUCCUCAUACAGCCCCCUGAGGAGGCUGCAGCACCUCACCAAGAUGGUGAGCCGGCCCGACCUGGUGCUGCCGAGCCGGGGGCCCGACCGGCGCUGGGCCUGGGGGUCCAACCAGAGGGACAGGACAGAGGACUGGGGGUCCAACCAGAGGGACAGGGACAGGACAGAGGACUGCUGGGCGGAGUACAGAGAGUAUUCUGUCUCCCAGGAAGACGUUGACAUCUUGUCUUCUUCUGGUGAAAAGCAAACGGAGCUCCAAUCUGCUGUUUCUGAGAAAAUGGGAGGUAACUCUCCGUCCAGCCCGCCGAGCCCGGCCUUCUCUCUGGACAGCAGCAGCCCCUUCGCCAACGGCCUGCUGCACUUCGACUCGGCUCUGUUUGAGGCCGACGGCGUCGACGAGGAGCCGCAGAGCGCCGCGCCCGGCCCUGGUUUCCUGGACAAACGCGACCAGCCGCCGACCGCGCUGCAGCUCGCCCCCGUAGACGCUCGUCUGGACCCAGAGGAGUCGGCGGCGGCGGCGCCCAAGGUGGUGACGCGCUCCCAGUCCUCGGGUCAGCGCCGGCGGUACUGGGACGGCUCAGAGGACGAGUGGGACAGCGACUCGGAGCUCUUCCUGUUCGAUGACUGUCCUGCAUGGCGGACGGUGCAGCCGAGCGGCUCCAGGAAAAAGCCUCCGCCUCCGGUGAAGUUCGCUGAGGGGGAAAUCGUUUGGGCGAAGUUCGGCCGCCGGCCCUGGUGGCCGUGUGAGGUGCUGUCCGACCCGGCGCUGGGCGUCUACCACCGGAUGAAAGAGCCCUGUGACCGGCUCUGUCGGCUGUAUCACGUCCGGACCUUUGGGGAGCCGAAGGAGUUCGUUUGGGUGGAGGAAAAAUCAACUCAGGCUUUCCACGGAGGCUUUGAGUUCGACCAACUUCUCCUUUUGAGACGAAGAAGCAAGCAAAGAGAGCAGAACAACAGAAACACUAUCCCUAAGCGUUUCCAGCAUUUGUGGAGAAGCAGUGUGGCCGAGGCUGAAUCUGUUCUGUCGGGGCGGCCCGACGUUUCUCCGUCUCUGGCUCCAUCCACAGAUCAAACCUUUUCCUGCAGUUCCCCGGCAGAAGGACAGAAGAAGCCCCAUCCAGCCGUUCCCUCGGCUCCCACUGUUUCUGAACCGUUGCACUUAAAGAAUGGAUCCACCUCGUCUGCAGCUACAGCACAGACAAAACCAAGCACUUUAAAGAAAACUUCUAGCAAGAAGCAGCAAAGCAAAUCCCUUCAGGACCUUGGGAAUGAGAACACAUUGUGUUGCAGUCUUGAUCAGUCUCACAGAGACAACGGCGAGUGCCCGUACUCUGAUCUCGACUCGGUCCCAAAGAUUUUGUGUCCUAAAGCACUCGAGCGUCAGCCGAAGCUGCUUCCAUGCCAGCCGUCUGCGGCUGCAGUCAAAGAGCUAAAGAAGCAGCCAGACACCCAGACCGGACUGUGGUUCAGUAAAUCGGGCCGAGACCGGCGACCAAAAACUACCAGCCCAGUGUCAGACCGCUCCCUCUUUAGUAAGGGUCCCUGUAAGAAAAAGCACUUAUCCACCGUUAGCAAGAAGGCGCCAGUUCCCUCCACCUCGCUGAUCAGCGCUGGGUCCAAUGACCCGGUCAUACUGGCAGACACUAAUAAGGCAACAGAUAAUGGUCCAAUACAUGAACAGUCGGUACCUGAGAAAUGUAGAGCCAGCGAGGCCAACCCUGUUGAAGGAAGAGGCAGGUCUUUAGACAGACCAGCGGCCCAGAUGUCCACUGAAGACAAACUGACUUCUGAGACCAAAACAAACCCUUCAAGCAUUUCGUCUGACGAUCCGGAUGUCGAAAAAGACUUUCAUCCCUCAAAGAAAGUCUGUUUAAAUGACGACUCAGAUUCUCCACAGACGGUAACAUUUGUAAGUUCAACUGAACUCUCUGUCGUAAUUGCUACUAAACAACUUGAUGAAACUGAAAAACCUUCUGACCAGGAGAAAGAAAGCAGGCAGACGUUGGGGCCUUGUUUAGAAGUCGGAAACAAGGAUCCAGUCUCAAUAUUAGAAAAGCAACAAAAUCUGGUCUCUAAAUGCAGACUCCCGUUUGUGAAACUAAUACGCAAGGAGUUGGAACAAAACAAAUAUUUACACUCAUGUCUGACAAAUGUCACCACUAACAGAAGUGAAUGCAAUAAGAAAGAGAAGACAUCAGAUAGUAAUGUGAAUAAAGCAGCAGCUAAUAAAUCAGACUUGACAGGCAGCAAAACGAGCGAGGAUCAAAUUACACCUUCAAAAUUCAUCAAGGUCUCGGUCAAGAAGCUACGAGCUAGAAGUGAGUCUGGCCUACUUCAGCUGUCAUCAGAGUCACCGCCCGAACACAACGCCAAGAAACAUGAACACAACGCCAAGACACCCGAACACAAGACACCCGAACACAACGCCAAGAAACAUGAACACAAGACACCCGAACACAAGACACCCGAACACAACGCCAAGACACCCGAACACAACACUCCCACGCCCAGAAACAACACUCUCACUUCCACAAAACCUUCUGAUGCGUUGAGCAGCCCAGAAGUAGAACGUAUCCCAGCGUCAAACGUUAGUCUAGAAAGUAUCACCACCUUGUUGUGCAAUGAAUCAGACAGAUUAGAAUGUAAAGACAUUUCUGUUUGCAGUCAAACAAAGACAUCGUCUGACCAGCCAGGCAGCUCAGAGGAAAACACUUCAUCUACUAAAACUGCAGCUUCUCCAACAGGAAGUCCUCACCUCCCUGAAAGUCAAUCUGCUCCAAAAUCCAGAAAAGCUGUUCACAGAUUGAAGCAGGCUAAAGAAAUUCAGAAAGUCCUGAAAGAGCAGCCGGCGCAUCUUCCAGCAAGCAGUCGGCUGAUGACCAGAGCGCUGAAGGCCUUGCAGCUUGUUGACCAGAGGAAGCGUAGAAAAGCCCGGCAGGAGAUUGAGCAAACUAAGCUGAGCAAACCUCUGGACACAGUUCAGGAUUCUGCUGAGCCCAAAUUUGAUAUUUGCACUAAUUUAAAACUUGCAAAAUCUACUCACAUUGACAAUGGAGACUGCUUUUCUAGAUGUAGCUCCCCUUCCAUACUGUUCUCUGAUUCAGGUGAUUUUGAAGCUGAUGUUAAAAGUGAGGAUGAAGACCUUUCAGUUUCUUCAACUCCGCCAAUGGACUUCAUACCCCUUACAUCUAUAGUUAAGGCAAAGCACAAAGAUCUGCCCCCAACAACACAACCUCCAUCACCUCAAUCACCGUUUUCCUUCAUGAAAGCCUUCAAGAAUGUCACGGAGGUUUCCUUUCAGUCCUUACCAAACGGCAGCAAUGGAAAGCCGGUCUCUUUCAGGCCAGACUCAAAGUACCAGUUUAGCACUUUUCUUAUGAUGCUGAAGGACUUGCAUGACACUAGAGAGCGAGAAGGCACGCCCCUAGAGUUGGAGAUUGGGCCACCCAGUGCACAUGUGAAGGAGGAGCCGCUGAUGAUGCCAAACAAGACUCCUCCACUGGAAGGACACGGCCACACAUGUGUUCUUGGCAAAGCCGAUCCAAUCGCAGAUAAAAGUGUGAUUGGACAGAACGGAUGUGGUAAAGGCCAGAAACUCAAGAGGCCCUGUAGCAGAAAGAGUGGCAGCCAUUGGUUGAAAGGGAAAACCAAUCGCAGAGUGUCUGGACCUGGUUUUCCUGGAGUAAAGUCAGCAACAGGAAUCACUUCCUGGCCAACAGCAGAUAUUACUUCAAAAAUACUGGAUGUACAAAUUGGCAGCAGCUGGAUCCAGGCUGGCUGCAGUGGAGACAUCAGUGGGCAAGAGGAGCAGCAGAGAUGGGAAAGACUGGAGGGCAACCAGCAGGUUGGUGUUCCUCUGGAAAGGAGGGAAUGUCUGACACUCAUCCUGGAACAACCAACCAGCCUCGGAGACGACAAGAUGAACAAGACGGACUUGAUUCUUGAAGCUGAGGAACAAGACCAGACUUCAGCCGAACAUAAACGAAAACGGAAACCCAGCAAGAGACUCCUUGAAUGGACUGAAGAGUACAACCAGAUCUUCUCCCCAAAGAAGAAACCCAGAAAGUCCGUCCAGCUGUUUGGGAAGGCCAUUGGAUCUGUGGCUGCCCUGUGUGAGCUUUCGGACUUGGGGAAGAACAUGGCCGACAGCCCAUCGUCCUCCUUGCCUCCUGAAAUCCUGACGCCGCCGCCGGAGGAGUUGGCUCCAGCCACGCCUUCAGAAACCCACAUUUCCAAAGCAGAGCCGCCAUCGACCCAAGAGCUUCCGGUGCUUUCCAUCGACUCCUUAACUCCGCCCCCUGAAGCUGAGCCCUCCCUGCCAGACGGCCUAGUCAAAGGCAACAAAGUUUCUCCUGUGCUUGAAAAGAAGCGGAAGAGGAAACCCACGCAGAAGAUCCUGGCGUAUUGCCUGGAGGCCGAGGCGUCGGCCGCCCCGAAGAAGAAGGUUAAAACACUGAGGAUGAAUUCAAAUGCUGGACCUCAGUCAGAUUUUUCUCCACCAUCUUUAAAAGUGAACCCGCCCUCUGAGCCGCCGCCCUGCACGCCCCUCCCCCCUGUGACCUCUGACCCCCCGGCGGCCCCCAGCCCCCCUGAGCAGGUGGAGCCGCCCCCAGCAGACGCCUUCCAGUCUGACGACGGCAGCUUCCAGGAGGAGGCGCUGGAGUCAGAGGAUGACAGGUUUCUGCUGGAGAACCGGUUUCCCCCCAUGAAGGACGACCUGCUGGGCGACGACGCGCCUCCGCCUGCCAGGAAGAUCAUCGGCGACCGGGGAGGCCCCGCCUCCAUGAAGGAGAACGUCUGCCAGGUGUGUGAGAAGACGGGGGAGCUGCUGCUGUGUGAGGGUCAGUGCUGCGGCGCGUUUCACCUGGCCUGCAUCUCUCUGGCCAAGGCGCCGAAAGGGAAGUUCGUCUGCCCAGAAUGCAAAUCAGGCGUCCACACCUGCUUCGUGUGUAAGAAGCGCAGCGAAGACGUUCGCCGCUGCAUGAUCCCCGUCUGCGGGAAGUUUUACCACGGAGAGUGCAUCGCUAACUACGCCGCCACCGCGCCGGUCCACCGGAGCUUCCGCUGCUCCAUCCACGUCUGCCUCACCUGCUUCAUCUCCAGCCCCGGCAGCUCGUCCGUCUCCAAAGGCCGUCUGGUGCGAUGCGUUCGCUGCCCCGUUGCUUAUCACGCCACCGACCUGUGCAUGGCCGCCGGCAGCGUUGUGCUUUCCAACAACAGCAUCAUCUGCCCCAACCACUUCGCGCCACGUCGCGGCGUCAAGAACCACGAACACGUCAACGUCAGCUGGUGCUUCGUCUGCACCGAAGGAGGAAGCCUGCUGUGCUGCGAAUCGUGUCCCGCCGCGUUUCACAGAGAGUGUCUGAACAUGGAGCUGCCCAAAGGCAGCUGGUUCUGCAACGACUGCAAGGCGGGGAAGAAGCCGCGCUACCAGGACAUCCUGUGGGUGAAGGUCGGCCGCUACAGGUGGUGGCCAGCGGAGGUCAGCCAUCCCAAAACCAUCCCAGAAAACAUCCAGCGCAUGCGGCACGACGUGGGCGAGUUCCCCGUUCACUUCUUCGGCUCCAACGAUUACCUGUGGACCUACCAGGCCCGCGUCUUCCCCUACAUGGACGUCGACGCGAACAGCAAAGAGAGGAUGGGCAAAGGAGUCGAUGCGACGUACAAGAAAGCGCUGGAGGAGGCGGCCGUGCGAUUUCGUGAGCUUCAGGCAGAGAAGGAGCUUCGGCAGCUUCAGGAGGACAGAAAGAACGACAGGAAGCCGCCGCCGUACAAACACAUCAAGGUGAAUCGUCCGAUUGGGAAGGUUCAGAUCCUGACUGCUGACCUGUCAGAAAUCCCGCGCUGCAACUGCAAGGCGACAGASGAGAGUCCGUGUGGGAACGACUCUGAAUGCAUCAACCGCAUGCUGCUGUACGAGUGCCACCCUCAGGUGUGUCCGGCUGGUGAGCGGUGCCUGAACCAGACCUUCACCAAGCGCCAGUACAGCCAGGUGCAGAUCUUCCGGACGCUGUCUCGCGGCUGGGGCCUUCGCUGCGCCCACGACAUCAAGAAGGGUCAGUUUGUGACCGAAUACGUUGGGGAGGUGAUCGGCGAAGACGAGUGCAGGUCGAGGAUCCGACACGCCCAGGAGAACGACAUCUGCAACUUCUACAUGUUAACUCUGGACAAGGACAGAAUAAUCGACGCCGGGCCGAAGGGCAACGAGGCUCGCUUCAUGAACCACAGCUGCCAGCCCAACUGUGAGACGCAGAAGUGGACGGUCAGCGGGGACACGCGGGUGGGACUGUUCGCUCUGGUGGACAUCGCUGCAGGCGCAGAGCUCACCUUCAACUACAACCUGGAGUGUCUGGGCAACGGGAAGACGGUCUGUAAAUGCGGCUCCGCAAACUGCAGCGGCUUCCUGGGCGUGAGGCCAAAGAACAACCCUCCAUCCGACGACAAGGGCCGCAAGCUGAGGAGGCGGGGCCACGGCCGGAAGAAGAAGAAGAAGAAGGCGCUGCCGACCAAAGAGAGGGAGGACGAGUGCUUCAGCUGCGGAGACGGAGGACAGAUGGUGUCCUGCAAGAAGCCAGGAUGUCCCAAAGUCUACCAUGCAGACUGCCUGAACCUCACCAAGAGGCCCGCAGGUCAGACUCCUUCGGGACUGGGGGCCAAAUCGAGGCCCGCAGGCCAAAUCUGGCACGCCCUAGAUAUUUAUGUGGCCUUCAAGACUCAAGAUGGCCGCAUAAAUACAGGUCACCUGUCCUCUAUAACAGGACCGGUGACCUGCUGUUGGGCUACAAAACAUUCAUUACAGUUAAAGCACAAAAUCAUUAAGGCCUAAGAGAAAUGUACUUUCUGUUCCAAAUGAUUUUUAAGAGUUUAUUAAUAAAACUGAUUAAAGAUGUUUCCCUCCUUCAGUCAGU